AUGAUGGAAUUGUAUCUCCAGCUACAGAACGACAACGAGAAGCCACUCUCGAUUGGUAUGCUCAAGCGCGUACAGGAACACAAGGAGACCAACGUCGACGAGCAACCCACGAACGUGGUACUCCGAACGCCCAGGCGGAUGAUGCAGAUGGAACAGUUAAAGCUCGAUUCGAGCAUGUUAAGAGCUGCUGGUGCUGCCAGUGCUAUUGGUGCAAUGAACGGGAUUGAGGAGGAGGAAGAAGAAGAAGAAGAAGAAUGA